AUGGCGUCGACUGUCCGCACAGUAGAAGGGGCCGAUGGAGGCGACAUUGAAAAUAAUGUGGACGGUAGCCAAAAAAGGUAUUCACAUGUUGAAAACUGCGGGGAAGUUUCAUAUAGGCUCUCCACGGUUGAGCUGGUAGGGGCGACGGAUAGUGUGGUGGUUAGCAAUGUGGACUUCGAGGAUGUUCGACUAGGAUGGGUGAUGGUUCGGAUUUCAGAGGCUUUCCUGCUUUUGCAUUUUAUGCUGCCACCUCCAGUUUGGCUCCAUAUUGCAUCAGGGCCGAAGCAAGUGCCUGACUGGUCAUGGUCGUGA